AUACACACACCCCUGUUAAUUCCUAGGGACAAUUUAGUACCGCCAAUUCACCUGACUUACAUGUCUUUGGAUUGUGGGAGGAAACCGGAGCCCCUGGAGGAAACCCACGCAGACCCGGGGAGAACAUGCAAACUCCACACAGAGGACGACCCAGGAUGACCCACCUAGGUUGGACUACCCCGGGGCUCGAACCCAGGACCUUCUUAAUGUAUGGCGUCUGUGGCAGCAGCUUCACGUCCCACUGCAGAGCAGGUCCUCGCUCACCGCAACACUGUCUUCUCCCGGGAGCAGGCCAGGCAGAGGGCCCUGUAUCCCCGCAUAGAGAAAAUCGAAGUGACCAUCCAAGGGCCUGGACUGGAGGGCACACUGAUGGUCAUGAAUAAAGGGAUGUCCACGCCACACAGCUGUGCCAGGCAUUUGACAGAGUACCAUGUGACCAGUUCAGCCCUGGCCCUGGUGGACGGGGAGCCAUGGCCUCUGUACCAGCCCCUCACACACUCCUGCACUGUUUCUCUGCUCACCUUCAAAGACAAUGACCCGUCGCUGGUCAACCAGGCCUACUGGCGUUCCUGUGCUGCCCUUUUAGGCCAGGUGGUGGAGACUGCUUUCAAAGAGGAAUUUGCUGUGGAACUGCUAGCCAUACCGGAGGUGCCAGUCACUUCAGGAGCCUUCUGCUGUGAUGUGGUACUUGAUCCUCAGCUUGACUCAUGGACCCCCUCCGAGGAGUCCCUGCGCUCUCUAACCCGAGGUGCCCAGCAGUUGAUCCACCAGGACUUGGCCUGGGAGCCUCUGGAGGUGGUGCCCGCUGUGGCCUUGGAGGCCUUCUCUCACAGCAGAUGUAAACAAGAAGAAGUGGAAAAAAAGGCAGCAGAGAACCCAAAAGGCACAGUGACACUCUACAGAUGUGGCGACUAUGUGUUGUUGAGUGGGGGCCCCCUGGUGGCCAGGACAGGUCUCUGCUUCCAGUAUGAGGUUACGGCCCUCCACAGCCUGGGACAGGGACCCCACGGCCUUCACCGCAGAGCACAGGCCCUAUCCCUGCCGCUGCAGCAACAGGCUCAUCACACGGUGUGGAGGAAACUGAGGCAGAGGGCAGAGAAAUUGGUUGAAGUUCCAUCAGCCGCUGAAUCGGCCCCACCACCUCCGACUGUAUCAAGUCCACCUCCAGCCAGCCAAUAAAGACCAAUAUGUAACCUUACAUGCACACACCUACACCUAUACAUAUAAACACAUGCGUUGUCAUGGCUCUGAUUGUAAUAUUUGUUCAAUAAAUGUGUAAAA